AGAAGGUGCUGUCAUCGGAAACCCAGCUGUCAUGGAAGACGCUGCUGUCGUGGAUGACGCUGCUGUCGUGGAAGACGCUGCAACGCCCGGGACGACUCAGGGAGUCAUAGAAAACCAAGGAGUUCUGUCAGCGGCAGGAGCCCUAGUGGAGCUCACCCCGACCCCUGGCGGCCUGGCCCUGGUGAGCCCCUACCACACCCACCGGGUCGGAGACCCCUUAGACCUCGUGGCGCUCGCAGAGCAGGUGCAGAAGGCUAAUGAAUUUGUCAGAGCAAAUGCCACCAACAAGCUGACAGUCAUAGCCGAGCAAAUCGAACAUUUGCAAGAACAAGCCAGGAAAGUAUUGGAGGACGCUCGCAGAGAUGCUGACUUGCACCAUGUAGCUUGUAAUAUAGUGAAAAAACCUGGCAACAUUUACUACCUUUAUAAACGGGAGAGUGGUCAGCGGUAUUUUUCCAUUAUUUCUCCAAAGGAAUGGGGGACAGGUUGUCCACAUGACUUCCUUGGUGCGUACAAGCUACAGCACGACUUGUCCUGGACUCCGUAUGAGGACGCUGAGAAGCAGGAUGCUAGAAUCAGCAUCGUGACCAAGUUGCUAAGCCAGCCAGUGGCUCUGCCUCUGAGCCCUGAACCCAGCAUCCAGGGCUUCACUUCCACUGAGAGUGGACUCUGACAAAGGCUGUCAUGGCUAGGACCUGUCACCUCCUUGUUGCCCCAAUCUCUGCCUUGAUGGGAGGUGGCAUGAGAAUCGAGGACAUGUAGGGGAAUCAUGAACUUCUUUGAAAGUGGUCCUGUGUGAAUGUAAAUGCUGUCGUUAUUACUUUUAGUUGGGAUGGUAAAGAAUCACAUCAGUCUCUUUUGGGAUCCUCUCCAGGUCACAGAUACGCAACUCGUCAGUUUCAGAGUAUUGGCCAGUGUACUUUCCUUCUCCUUUAUCUCCAUCUGUUCUCCCAUAAAUCAGAGCAUUAGAGAAAGAAGGGUUUCUUCUUCCCUCGAAAAGAUUGGCAGGUCAUUUUCCAGAGAGGACUGUUGUUAGUCUCUUAGUAACUAGAAGGGUUUGAGAUUGGGGUUGUGGCUAUUGAACAGUUGGUGCAACUCCAGCUUCAGAUUCGUCUGGGAACCAGAAUGUUGGGUACUGGCGAUGAUAAACAGCUUGGCUUGGCUUGCGAGCGAGUAUGUGGUUCUGGUAUUUCUGCACGAUUGAUAAGGUUUGGCUUGUCCCAUUCUGCUCUUUCUGCCGAGCUAGGAUGACUGGAGAAUUUAAGGCAGCAGCAAUGGCCAGGUUUCGGGACAGUCAGCCUCUAAACUCACAGAAUUUUAGACUUGGAAGAGAUUUUGGAGGCUACCACUAACAACGUUAUGAAUCCACUCUCUAGCCCCACUGAGCAGGAGAUCCAGAGUUCCGCCAUCUGCAGCAGGAAGAAUCCAUUAAGUGGCAACUUUAGAAUAUUGUGGAAAAGAGAGUAGGACAGUGGGUGAGAAACAAGAAAAACAGCCAACCUGUUGAUUAUGAGUUAACUCGGAUUAAAAUUCAUUUUGACCUGAAUUAUUCAGGAACUUAACAGAAGCUUUUUGGCUGAGUUACUCUAUGCUGAUUCUGACUAAGCUCUUGUGGGACUCUACCUCACUUCCUGUUUGUUCAGUGGAAUUAGCUAAAUUGAUAGCACAGCCAGCAUUGCUGUACUUCCUUCAGUGCCAUAUAAUCUAUUACAACAUGCUGUAAAAGGAGUGAGAGAUCUGUACUUGAAAUCAAAUUGCCCAAGUUCCUUUCUGGGGAUGAAUGUCCUUUGUGUUGAUCUGCUUGGUAAUGCCACAAUCUCAUCCUGGUGUUAAAGGCCUUUCCUUAUAAGCUUCGCUCCUUGUGAGCUGUAAAUGGUCCACAAAGGCCUAGCAGAGGUUGGGACUAGAUUCUGUCAAGGUCACACAGAUGAUACUUGGUCACUCAGUUCACAGGAGGAUGCUCUGGAGGCAGCCACGAAAGCCUCUGGCUGGGAGGCUGCAGGAAAUGGGACACACACACACACUAGUGGUAUAGUAGUUGAUUCUUACUACAGAAAGUUUCCCAGAUUUUCAGAAGGUUUUGCAUGAUAAUGACAUUUUGAGUAGGUGCUUUGUUAUCCAUUGCUGCAUCAGUUACCACAAACUUAGUGGCUUUAAACAGCACACAUUUAUUAUUUCAGAGUUUCUGUGGAUCAGGAGUUGAGGCACACUUAACUGGGUCCUCUGCUUCAGGGUUUCUUUUCUCACAAGGCUGCAGUCGAAUUACUGGCCAGGCCUGUGUCCUCAUCUGAAGGCUCAGCUGAAGAAGGAUCUGCUUCCAAGCUCACUUAAAUUGUUGGCAGAAUUUCAGUUCCUCAAGGGUUUGUAGGACUGUGGAGCUCUGUUUACUAAUGAACUGUUAGCCAGAGGCUGCCCUUAGUUGUUUGCUACACGAGUCUUACCAACAUGGCAACUGUCUUCAUCAAAGCCAACAAGGAUGAGAGUCUGCUAGCAGGAUGGAAGUUAUGGCAGUGACAUCUCAUACCUUGGCUGUGCUCUGUUAAUUAGAAACAAGUCACUAGGCCAGCCCACACUCAAGGGAGGUAAUUACCUAAGGGUGUGAAUACCAGAAGGUGGAAAUCCUUGAAUCUUAGAAUCUGUGUGCCGCAGUGCUAAGUUGAGAGGGAGAAGGAAGGCUGUGGCUGGAAGAGGCAGUAUUACAAAGUGGUUAGGCUUGGUGGCUUUGAAGUCACAGAUCUGGACGCGACUCUCAGCUCUGACAGAAUAACCUCCCCUAGUGUUCCUGCUUCCUCCUCUGGUCCCUUCUCCAGUCCAUUCUGUAUUCAGUCAUCAGCUUGAUCUUUUGAAAAUGCAAAUCCACCUCACCCUUGACAUCUAUCCUAGCCACUGGAACACAGAGCAGUGUGAUUCAGGAGCAAACUUUCUUCCGUUCAAUAAGGUGUGCUCCUGGCACUGACCACCAGGUGGUGCCAUUGUACUUUCCUGAUUAAGCCAGUUACCAAGCUUAGAGAAAGUGACAUUGUGAAGUGAUUUUGGAGGUAGCAUCUCCUAGGGGGACUAGGACCCAGUGAUUAUAAACAGUAACCAUUUUUCACGCAUCCAUCCAUCUAUCCAUCCAUAAGUGAGUAAUACUUAAUUAUUGAGUAUUAAGUGCCUUCCAGGUUCCAGAUUCUGGAGAAUGACACAGGUGAGUAAGACAGGCCCCUAUUUCCAGGAAGCUUACGGUCUAGUGGGGGAGAAAGCAAGUCAGCCAUUACAACAUGGUAUAAGAAGGACUAUGAUAGAGGUGCACAUGGAAUAUCAUGGAGCACCGGGGAGGGCUGCUUAACUCAGCUUGGAGAAUUUGAGAAGGCUUUUUGGAAGAGCUGACACCUGCUUGGGUGUUGAAAAAGAAGCAAGAGUUAGAGCUUGUUUGGAGGCUCCAACUGUCGUCUCUGUAGGAAGGUUGUCUUUGGGGGUUAGGGCAGGGUUUAUUUUUGGAUGGAGUUUAUUUGUGAAUGAACAAAGGGAUAUCCACUUAACAAGCCAUAUCGACCAGAGUAAUCCUGCCAGUCAGGAAGGGUGGAGUGAGCUAGGUCCCAGCCAGAACACUCUUACUUCUAACAGCUAGGAGGUAGGUAGAUGAGGAAUCGGAUGAAAAGCAAUUCUAGACAAAAAAUAGCACGUGGGGGACACUGACAAGAAGCAAUACGACAUUUGGGGAAUUGCAGCUACAGUGAAGAAUAGUGGCCAGGCGGUAGGAGAGGAGAGCUAAUUGAAGGGUUGGCGGUAGGGAGUUGGUAAAAUUGGCCUUUUUAGAAGGCUCAUCUUGGCAGUGGAGGGUGAGUGGGGGAGAAACCACUGGGAGCCUCCAGCCCAGUCCAAGCAAGAGAUGUUGGAGGUUUGAACAAAGAUGGUGAUGGACUGA